CUGCAUUAAAUCUUCUUCCAUUUUCCUACCAAACGACCACAAAUCCACCGUGAUGCAAAGCUGGCGGUGUUAAUUUACUGGCCCGUGGGCCCUGGUGUUGCGGUUGAGAAGAUGGACAGGAUGAAGAUAAUCAAGCGGAGGCUGUCCAUGUCUCUACGCAGCGCUCGGCCCGUCGACGACUCCUUGUCUGAGCUGGCAGAACAGAUGGCUUUGGACGAGCCGUCCGCAGCCAGGGACAAUGGUAUUGUCCAUGAGAAUGUGAAGAUGGGUUCAGAUGGGGAGAGCGACCAAGCAUCUGGGACGUCUUCUGAUGAGGUCCAGAGUCCGGUCAGGGUCCGUAUGAGGAACAACCACCAUCGGCGCAUCUCUAAUGAGGACAUAAACAAACGUUUGUCUCUCCCAGCUGAUAUCAGGCUACCGGAGGGCUAUUUGGAGAAGUUUGCCAUGAACAGCCCGCCCUUCGACAAACCCAUGAGCCGCAGGCUACGACGCGCUUCGUUGUCUGAAAUCGGCUUUGGGAAACUCGAGACCUACAUCAAACUGGACAAAUUAGGGGAGGGGACCUACGCUACAGUUUUUAAGGGACGAAGCAAGUUAACAGACAACUUGGUAGCGCUGAAAGAGAUCCGACUGGAGCAUGAAGAGGGUGCACCCUGCACAGCUAUUCGAGAAGUGUCUCUACUGAAAGACCUGAAGCACGCCAAUAUUGUCACCCUCCAUGACAUAAUCCACACUGACAAGUGCCUGACACUCGUGUUUGAGUAUCUGGAAAAAGAUCUGAAGCAGUACAUGGAUGACUGUGGGAGCAUCAUGAGCGUACACAAUGUCAAGAUCUUCCUCUUCCAGCUGUUACGAGGUCUGGCAUACUGCCACAGAAGGAAGGUCCUCCACAGAGACCUUAAACCCCAGAACCUGCUCAUUAACGAAAAAGGAGAGCUGAAACUUGCAGACUUUGGUUUGGCACGAGCCAAGUCUGUCCCUACAAAGACCUACUCAAAUGAAGUCGUAACAUUAUGGUACCGACCACCAGAUGUGCUUCUAGGCUCCACUGAGUACUCUACACCCAUAGACAUGUGGGGUGUGGGCUGUAUCUUCUAUGAAAUGAUCACAGGCAGACCUCUCUUCCCUGGAUCGACUGUGGAGGAUGAGCUACACCUCAUAUUCCGCAUCCUUGGUACGCCUACAGAAGAGACUUGGCCUGGUAUCACCACCAGUGAAGAGUUUAAGACAUACAAUUUCCCCAAAUACCACGCAGAGCCCCUUGUUAAUCACGCACCCAGGAUAGACAAUGAUGGUCAUGACUUGCUCUCCGUGCUUCUCCAGUUUGAGGCUAAGAAGCGCGUAUCUGCCGAAGAUGCUCUCAGACACACGUAUUUCAGAAGUCUUGGGGACCAGGUUCAAACACUGGCUGACACUGCAUCCAUCUUCUCCAUAAAAGGCAUUCAGCUCCAGAAAGAUCCAGGGAAGAGAUCCUCAGUCUACCCGGAGUCAACCCAGGGGAAGAACAGGAGGCAGAGUGUGUUGUUUUAGUGCUGGCGGGGGCGCUGAGGAGGACAGUAACACAUGGAGCUGUCCUGUCAGACAUACAUUCACCCUGCCACACACACACUGAAGGAGCGACACACCCUGCCACAUGAACACACACACUGAAGAAGAAAAACACACACACACACAUACACACACACAUACAGCAAAAUGGAAACAAAACUACACCAAACUAAGGCUGAAGAAUUUAUACUUGACUUAAAAAAGAAAAAAAAAAAAACUCAGCUCAGUUCUAAAGACAGAAAAAUGAAAAAUAAGAGAAGUGCGUGAAGCUGGAAGAAAAGUGGGAGAGUACAAGAUUCUCCUUGCUGCUACUACCGCUGCUGUCCAGAAGAGGGCAGCGUUUAGGAUGUGGGCUGACUCAGUUUGAACAGAACUUGCUGUAUCAGUGAGCUGUGAGGAAGGAGGAGCGAAAGUCGACAUGAUUCAAAGGCAAAGGAAAAGAGAGAGAAGCCCUGUCACUCUCUCGUGUUUUUUUUUUUUCUUCACCUGGACUGUUGUUGUACAUAAAGAGACUGAGCUGUAAUACUCUGCUUUUUCAUAACAUGCCUCAGCCUGAAUCCAAACUCUAAAUAUUUGCACCUCAAACCCUAAACCCUCGCCUAACCUCUUGGCCCUUUAUUACAUGAUCUUUAAAACAUCUCACACACACAUACACAAUCUCUCUCUCUCUCUCUCUCUCUCUCUCUCUGUAUCUCUCUCUCUCUCUCUAUCUCUCUUAAACACAUACAUGAACACACACUUGAAAGUUAAUUGUGUAUAUCAUUGGAGUUUACAGAGAUAAACUUUAGCACCUUAUUGUCCAGUAGAGGUCAGGGUGGCUGUCGAUACUUUACCUCAUCAGUCACACAAGCAGAGUAGGAUGUAAAGUACACGCUAGAUAUUAGAAUGAAGAAGAAUCAUUAAUUAACACACCAAAAAGAAAAAAAAAGACACUUGACUACACUACAAUUAAGAUCACUCUGCAAUCCACAAACCAGUAGUCGACUAAUUACAUUUGUCACACGCUGUAAAGAACACUACGCUGCGAGAUGCUCCUGUUUCAGAACACCUGUAAGGACAGAGAGGUAAAGGAAGUGUACAAAUCCUCACCUGCUUAUUCUUAGACACCCCCUUCCUCUUUUGCCUUGACUCAGACAUUGUCUUGAUUUGUUGCGUGGUGUACAGGUGUUGAUGUUGAAAUGUUCUCUUUGCACCUGAUUUUACCUCUUUAGAUCAUGAGUAGACCCUUCAAAAUCCCCCACCUUCUUCUGCCCAAACCCCACGUGCAUUUAUUUUUACUCUUGUUUUUUGUUGUUGUAUUUUUUUUUUAAAUCUGUAUAUAUGAUUAUACUUUUUACUUGUCAGAAGCAAUGAUAAUUCCAGGAUGCUGUUCUCAGUCUUUACUGUGUUCCCACCGGAACAGGUUGGCGACUGGCUGGGGACGUGUUGCACAUUCCUUGAGCUCAGGACUUAUUGCUAGUGUCGUUAUGUGGAUGCUGCGAGGUACAGCUGAUCUUGUAUUCUCCCCCAGCAGAGCAGAAUAUGUUGAACAUGGCCUGAAAACCCCUUUGCAAAGCUGGUUUGAACUGUAUGUGAAGAAGAGGAAGAAGAAUUUUUCAGCAUCAACCUGUCAGUCCUCCGUGUUAUUCAUUCUCUGUUAAUUUGACUGUAAUGUUGCUGUUCAGAGACUACCUAACCUGUGUCUAUCCUCGUCAUCUCUUUUAAGCAUGUGUAUUAAAACACGCAGAUGUUUUUCGGUUGGUAUGUGAAAUAGCUGCUGCUGGAAAAAGGAAUACCUCCGGUUGAUUUAAAUUUCGCAUGGGACAUGACAUUAUAACGUGAGUUUUACACCAAACACCACAUUGACCUGUAACGUCUGGAGACUGUACAUUAAAUAGGAUGAAGACAACACAGUAUUGAACAACAAAUGUGAUGUGCUGCCAACAUUGGGACCAGAUAGUUUGUAUGACAAAUCUGACUCAACUUCAAGGUGCAUAGUGCAGUAAAAACUGUUAUGUCGCCUCUAUUACUGGGCACUAAAGCUUCUGGGUAUUUAGCAGGACUUGAAGCACUCAGAUACACUGUUGUUUCACGCUGUUAUUGUUACAAGCUGCCAGAAACAACAGGACCAAAGUCAAGCCUCCAAGCACCAGGUGUUCAAGCACACAACUGACAUGUCAACAUGUACUGUAUCGAUGAGAUGGCUUGCAGGGUGUAGAUUGGAGUCUCCUGUUCCUCAGACACUGACCUCGGGUCACUUUCGCAUCUUUUUCUGAUUCGGAAAGGGUGAAGUAAUCCCUCGCCUGUGUCUGUCAGAAGGACUACUUAUUUACCCAGAGUGUGACAGUAUGUAGCAUGUACAUAGAUGAUCCCUCACUCUGUAUAUACAAAAAAGUGUACAGGUUUGAUACAGCUAUUCACAUUCUGGCUUUUUGCUUUUCUUUAAUGAAAGUCAUAGCAAUAUUUCUGUAAUCAAUAAAAAGCCAAGGUAAUAGGAUGAAUAUGA